UACACCGUCGACCGAAAGCGUCUGUGGGACUGGAAGAAAAAGAAAGUAGGCCUACGUGACUCAUUCCAAAUGGCGACUUUCCGUCUCGUAUUUAUUUCUAUUUUGAUGCUGAGUACCGGCUGGGCAGCUCAGAACUUUUUGCCCGUCUCAGUGUGUCCGAGGGACAAGAAUACCUGGAAAUUUGAAUCUGACAGAAAAAACUGCCAGGGUGAUACGCCAGAUUACUUGUGUGCAGCAAUAGAAAACCAAGUGGGAAAUUUUGGAGAAAUCUGCACUAAAUUUGGGUUGACUCCAGACUACAAAUGUGCGGUGUUGAAUGAACAGACGCAUAAUCUGGACUCUGUGGAUUGUAAGGCUCCCUCUGGAUGUCCAUCACAACCAUAUAUUCCCUCUGUUUUGUGGCAAUAUCAAAUUUGUUAUGAAGACUUUUAUGGAACAACUACAAGCCUAGCACCAACCACUACCCAAGACAUCACCAGUGCCACAACUAACUCUGGAAAUAAAACCUUAUGGAAUGGACCGAAAGACGGUGGUUCUGGGACUGGGGUUGGAGUGGCUGUAGCAGUGGUGAUCAUUCUGAUUAUUGUGGUAGUGGUUAUGGUGGUUUUCUAUGUCAGAAACCAAUUUGGAUUCAAAGAUAAAGUCCAGCAGAGGAUUACAGGUAUUUACAUGCAUCGCUGUUAUCUUACAAAAUGUUUCGAACAUGGUGAUGAAAAUUCAGCUACUGCUGAAAAUGGUGAAGCACAGAGUACACAAGUUCCACUGCUUGAAGAAGAUGUCAGACAUGUCCAAGAAAAUGAAAGCAAUUCAGACACAAAUGUUGAACCACCCAAAAAGAAAAUAGAAGAACUUAAAGAGCUUAUGAAGUAUCUAGUUCACAUACUGAAACAAGAACUUCGUGUCAAUGAUCUGAAAGAGAAAGUUGUUAUUCAUUCAAAAUCUGUCAAUGAACAUUUCUCCGAACAACUAAUAAAAGAUCUUCAAAGUCUGAAAGAUAUCAAUGACUAUAGCCAAUUGGAUACAUCCUUGGUAUUUGCAAUGCUACGUAACUUCUGUGAGAAUAUAAAACCUCCAAGCAGAGGCUGGGACUAUGAACCUCCAGAUGAUGAAACGCAUGUUGGUGCAGACAUUGAAAGGAUAAGAUCUAUGUGGAACAAGUAUUGCGAUAAUGACUCGCAGUUUAAACACCUUGAAGAUGUGUAUAAACGGAUGAAACAGAAGUAUGGAACUGUAGCAGUUCAGGGGGAUGAUGGUAUUAUGAAAUCUUCAAGUAAAGAUGAAGAGAAUACAGAAGGAUCUGAAUUGAUGAAGGAAAAAAUAAACAGUAUAAAGCUAAAUCCAGAUUGUACUGUGGAGAAAGGUAUUGUCAUCACGGAAAACGUAACCACAGCAUUAAGACUUCUUAAAUCAAGAAAUGUUGUGAUUCUAAAAGGUGUGAUUGGGUGUGGCAAAACACAUGCUUUAAAAGCCAUCCAAAACCACUUCCAAGGAAAAGACUGGGAGACAGAGUGGGUGGAUUCUGAAAUUUUGCAAGAGGAAAUCUCCACCAAUGGACCGACAAUCAUACUUUGUGAUAAUCUCUUUGGACAAUUUGGGAACUGUGUAUUUUCACAGACUGAUGUUGCAAAAAUCGAAAAGACUCUUGGUGCAAUUGAAGGAGCUGGUGACAAUAUCAAAGCUGUAAUUGGAAUUCACACACAUGUUUUUGAUGAAGUCAACAAAAGUUUAAAACUUUACUUAAUUAACAAGAAAAACAUCAUAGUAGAUAUGGAUAAACUUUCAGAAGCAGAGUCAUUAUUGAUUUUCAAAGAACAGCUAAAACAGGGACAUUGCAGUAAAAUGGAUUCCGACUGUUGGUUUAAAACAGUUGGAUUUCAAUCAGUGCUAGAUAAACUAUCAAAGAACCAAGGUCACAUUGGGGGCCCUUUCCUUAGUCUGAUGUAUUGUAAUCAGCACGAGCUUUUCUCUGAUGAAUCCUUUUCUGUCAACCCUGUUCAGACAUUAAUUCAAUACUUUCGUAGAAUGAGACAAGAUUCUCGUACACUCUACUAUUGCCUUGUUUAUUUGAUGUGUGUUCAAGAGCACAACUUCGAAGGGGAACUAGAGGAAGUUGCUGGGAUGAUAAGUAUCGAUAUAACAAAUAAUACACUAGAAAAUAUUGUCUCACAGUCUGGAUUUACAUGUAUUCAAGGUGAGGAUAAGGAAAAAAGGGAAACUCUUGCUCAUGAUAUGUUGACAAUAGUUGUAUUCAAAUCAGCAGCAGAGACAAUAGAAACCUUCUUACCAGUUGCUCAGAAAUGUAAAGUUGACAUAAUUAUUCAGCUUUUGAGACCUGCAAAUGGUACAUAUGGUAACCUUUACUGUGAAUUUAAUGGUGCUGCAAAUAAAAACUAUAAAUUUAGAGAUUGUGGAAAAUUCUGUGUAUUCCAAUUGGUAAGAAAAUAUGCACAAGAAGGGCAAGUACACCAUCCAUUCAAAUCUGAAGAAAUUUUUAAAGAAAAAUGUAAAAGAUAUGUAGAAAAUGAACCAACAGUUCAGAAAAAAUGAGAGGAAAGGUAAUUUAUAAAUGUUUAUGCAAUAUCAAGUUCAUAUGCAUGUAACAUUUGGUUAUUGUUAUUUAUAUAUGUAUAUACACUUGUAUAUAUAGUCUAAUUGGAUAAUUUUUCUACCUGCAUACUUUUUUUUCACCCAUGCCAUUGUAUAUUUUUCGUUUUCUUUUGAGCUGUAGAUAUUUUAAAA